CGGGACUCCACCGGACUGAAGGCUUUGAGGCUCACCGAGCGACGCCAUGAGCUCCAGGGUGUGUAAGAACUGCGGCGGCUCGGACAUCGAUGUGGACCAGGCGCGCGGCGAUGCCGUCUGCAUGGGCUGCGGCUCCGUGCUGGAGGACAACAUCAUCGUGUCCGAGGUGGAGUUCGUGGAGACGGGAGGCGGAGGGUCAUCGGCCGUCGGACAGUUUGUCUGUUCACAAGAUGGAGCCAAACAUCCCUCCUUUGGAGACUCGCACCUCACAGGAAUGGGCAGGGAGUCCCGAGCCCAGACUCUGCAGAGAGCCAAACCGCACAUCAACACUCUGGGUCACCAGCUGCAGAUGAACAAGCACUGUUUGGACACGGCUUUCAAUUUCUACAGGAUGGCGCUCACCAAACACCUGACCCGCGGCCGCAAGUCCUCGCACGUCAUCGCCGCCUGUCUCUACCUGGUGUGCCGCACCGAGGGAACGCCACACAUGCUGCUGGAUCUCAGCGAUCUCCUGCAGGUGAACGUCUACGUCCUGGGAAGAACUUUCCUCGUCCUGGCCAGAGAGCUGUGCAUCAACGCCCCGGCUAUAGACCCGUGCCUGUAUAUUCCCCGGUUCGCUCAGCUGCUGGAGUUUGGUGAGAAGAACCACGACGUCUCCAUGACGGCGAUGAGACUGGUGCAGAGGAUGAAGAGGGACUGGAUGCACACGGGACGGAGGCCGUCGGGACUCUGCGGAGCAGCUCUUCUUGUUGCCGCUCGUGCGCACGAGUUUCGCCGCACCAUCAAAGAAAUUGUCAGCGUUGUGAAAGUGUGUGAGAGCACGCUAAGAAAAAGACUGAUAGAGUUUGAGGACACGCCCACCAGUCAGCUGACCAUCGAGGAGUUCAUGAAGAUCGAUCUGGACCAGGAGUGUGACCCGCCCUGCUUCACAGCUGGACUACAGAAGAAGAAAAUCGAGCAGCUGGAGACGGAGCUGAAGAAAAAGAUGGAUGACGUCGAAGAUGAAAUUCAUGGCUACCAGGAUGAGAUCGAUGCAGAGCUUCACAGCAGCAGACCCAAACUGAGGGGAGUGUACGCCGCCUACGCCAAAGAAGAGAGGACGGCCAAUGACGACGCGCUCUCCACGACGUCUAAAGCGGCAGACGAUGAGGAGCAGGAGGAGGAAGCCGAGCUUCAGGCCGUGGCCAAGCACUUUGGCAAAGACCUCGGCGAGCUCACGCUGGAGGCUCUGAUCAAACUAGAGGAGAAGAGACCAGAGGAGGAAGAGGAGAACCAGCAGCAGCAGCAGCAGCAGGAGGAGGAGGAGGAGGAGGAUGAGGAGGGCGGCUUUCCGAAGAGAAAAGGCCCAUCGCUGGCGUCCAUCUUGGGUACGAUGCCCUCAGCGGCCACUCUGGGCCUCUCCGAGUCCAUCACCAAGUGCAUCGGAGACGAGAAGGAGAACGGUGAGUAUGGUGCUGCCGACAGCGGGGAGCUGGACCUGAGCGGGAUAGAUGACAGCGAGAUAGAGCUGUAUCUGCUGGAUGACAAAGAAAUCAAAAUCAAGACGGCGCUGUGGAUGGCAGAAAACUCCGACUACCUCAAAGAGCAGAAAGAAAAGGAGGCGAAGAUAGCGAAGGAGAAGGAGCUCGGCAUCUACAAAGAAAAGAAGCCAAGAGGCCCCGCUAAGAGGCGUCAACCGAUCCGAGCCAGCACCGCCGACGAGGCCAUCGAGAAGAUGCUGGAGCAGAAGAGGAUCUCCUCCAAGAUCAACUACGACGUCCUGAAGGACCUCAACAUCAAACCCGGCGCCAGCCCAGCUCGCAAGGUCGAGUCCGUGAAGAAGGAGCCGUCUGCCACCAAGCUGACGGGACGCACCCCCAAACCCGCACGAGCCCCACUCAGCCUCAGCACGCCGCUCAGCACCCUGGGAAAAAGGUUGCAGCCGUUCAUCACCGGACAGCCCAACAAGAAGCUGGCGGUGGAGCAGGUUGCCAACUCCAACCCCCUGCCGCUGCCCGUGGGGGCCCCCGCCAGCGGAGUGCUGGUGGAGAGCGGGCCGGUCGUCUACGACGAUGCAGCUGCUGAUGAGGAUGAGGAAGAGGAGGAGGAGACUUGUGUCAGCGCCAUGGAGCUGAUGGGCAGCCAAGAUUACGGUUGUGACGGAGACUAUGACGAUGGAUUCUAGCGGUGGCUUCCCUGGGUCAUCAUCCCCUCCUAUUACGGACUAUUGUGAAUCCCUACCUGUAUCAAAUGUUUACUACCAAGGAAACAACAUGGCUGCAGCUACAGCUCACCACUGUGAUGCCAAGAGGAACAAGGAGUAAAUGGGACAGGUGUGCAAGAAAAAAAAAAAUCACACUUGUCUCAUUUGGCAUCACAUCUGGACUGAACUGAGGUCGCAGGGUCUGGACGCUGACAGAGGUGGUGGAGUGGAAACAAGGGCUGCAUGUGUUCACAGAUUGUAGGCAGUUCUCCUAUAAGCAUAGGUUUGUUCAGGUGCAGGUCAGAAGACAUUUAGAUUAAAACUGGUCUUAACAUUAAGAUCAUUAUGUGACUAAUAACUGCUUCAACAGCAUAGAAAGGACUUUUUAAUGUGUAGUCAGGAUGAGCUUCUUUAUGAAAUACAGUCAUUUAAAUGCUGCUGAAACAAAGACCAUCAUCAGGAAAGUUGGAAAAAUGUGUGUCUCUUGACCUGCAAAUACCAAACCAGUGUUUACUGUGAGAAGCUCACCAGAGGAGAGAAGCUGUAGCAAUCUGUCACCAUGUGUCUCCUCUGGAUGGCUUAAGGUUUAAUGUAGAAAAAGCCAAGUCGAACAAAAUGCAAAACAUUAUCAUCCUUGAACUUUGCAUUCAUAAUCAUAACACUCAAGUACUUACCAGUAUGUGACUUUUAAGUAUUUCCUGCCGCCUCUAAACUAUGCUUCUCUGCUACGCUGCCUCCCAGCAUUAACAUGUACUGACCAACAAGCAUCUAUCAAUCAGGUAGCGUGAGAUCAAUCAUCAUUAUCAAUAAUUUUUCUGUCAUCUCUGGAUCAGAUCAAUAUUUAUUAAUGCCUUAGGACAGACUUGUGCUGUCUGCUUCUCUGAAGCCAAAGUAUUACAAUGUUGUUGCCUUUGAACAGUUUAUCCCAGGUUUCUGUGCUGAGAUGUUAUUGAAUCCAAAAUGAUGGGAUUUUAGUAGAAAAAGUUUCCUGAUGAUGAUUGGAUUAGUUUUUCUUUUGCUUUUAAUUAGGUUUGGGCUUUUCUUAAUU